UUUUUUCCCCUGCUGCUCUGCCUGGCGGGUAAAGUGGCCCCUCGUUCAAACAAGGUUCCUUUUGUAUAUAGCAUUGGCCAGAGCCCGUGGCAAGGGUCAUCUGGGCACCUUGUUCGUCUUCAAUAAAAAUCGUCAUAGAACUCUCGUCUUCGAGGUGUUGACACAAUAUCACUCUCACGCCUACCCACAGUUUCAUCAACUCUCCACUCUUAUCCCCCUGUCCGGUGGUAGCCCUAAGUCGGGAUAGAAUCGCAAGUCACCCACCGUUCGCUGCUCCCACGCGAGCCACAGUCGCCCGAGAUGAGCGCUCCUCAUAGUAGCAGUGCUCCGGAGAUCGAUUCAAAGGUCGAGCAGAUCAACGAGGCACCCCUUCAAUCGUCCGAUUCCACCCUUAGAUCUGCAUCGAUCGCGGCGACCGGAGAUCACGAGAAGGAGAUUGACCACGCUUUCGACAAGGAUUUGGAACGCAAUGGAUCAGACUCGGACGCCAACAUCCCCGAAGAACAGCUGGAGAAAGCUGAAGAGAAGCAAAGAGAUCCUAACCUCGUCGAAUGGGAUGGGCCCAACGACCCUGAAAACCCACACAACAUGAAUUACUGGAGGAAAUGGGUGAUCACCAUGUCGAUGGCCUUCAUGACGAUGUGGAUCACCUUUGCCAGUAGUGUCUUCUCAACGGCAACCAUUGUGACGGCCGAAGAGUUUCACGUGUCAACCGAAGUCAUGAUUCUGGGUACGAGUUUGGUGGUCUUCGGCUUCGCCGUCGGCCCAUUGAUGUGGUCUCCUCUUUCGGAGCUCUAUGGUCGCCGGAUUCCUCUGUUCUCUGGCUAUCUCAUGUUCGCCAUCUUCCAGAUCCCGGUCGCCGUGGCCAAGAACGUUGAGACCAUUCUGGUUUGUCGGUUCAUCAUCGGAAUGUUCGGUUGCUCCCCCCUCGCUGUUGUUGGCGGUGCAUUGGCCGAUUUCUGGGAUCCUGUUGACCGUGCAAUCGCUAUCUCCCUGUUUGCAUCGGCCACAUUCGUUGGACCUGUGCUUGGUCCUAUUGUCGGUGGCUUCCUUACCGAUUCCAGCCUCGGCUGGCGAUGGACCGCCUGGAUCACCCUGAUCGCCUCGGCGGCUUUCGGACUUCUGGCUUUCUUUAUUGUCCCCGAAACAUAUGCUCCCGUCCUCUUGCAACGCAGAGCAGCCCGCCUUCGCAAGGAGACUGGUAACACUGAGCUAUACGCGCUGCUGGACAAGAGCCGCCCCACAAUGAAGGACAUCGCUUCCAAGUAUCUGCUGCGGCCGGUGCUGAUGCUGUUCCUCGAGCCGAUCCUGCUUGCCAUCACCCUAUAUCUGGCUUUGGUUUAUGGAAUUCUCUACCUGUUCUUCGAAGCUUACCCGGUGUCCUUCCAGGAGGUGCGUGGCUGGACGAACGAAGGUAUCGCGGGACUCCCGUUCAUUGGAAUCCUGAUCGGAGUGAUCUGUGGUGUGGCUUUGAUUGUCUGGCAGACCAAGACACGGUUCGCCCGCAAGCUGGCCAAGCAUGGGCGCGUAACCCCGGAAGAACGACUGCCUCCUAUGAUGAUCGCCUCCGUUCUCUUGCCGGUGGGUCUGUUCUGGUUCGGCUGGAGUUCGCACCCGAGCACCUCCUGGGUUGCCCAAGUUUUCGCCGGCAUCCCCAUCGGGAUGGGCAUUUUGGUUAUCUUCAUGCAGGGUCUCAACUACAUCAUCGAUGUGUACCUGAUGUUUGCCAACUCGGCCAUUGCUGCCAACACCCUCGUCCGCAGCAGUCUGGGCGGUGCCUUCCCCUUGUUCGCCACGCAGAUGUACAACAAGUUGGGUGUGGACUGGGCUUCCAGCUUGCUUGGCUUCAUCACCUUGGCCAUGAUCCCCAUUCCGGUCCUUUUCUUCUUCUAUGGCAAGAAGCUGCGGGCCAUGAGCAAGUUCAGUCCUAAGCUGUGAACCCACACUAUCGACCUCCACGGACGAUGAGCCUCUUCU